GGAGCAUAGAAGACGGCUGCACUUGGCAUAUACACACACUCAUCGUCGGGUCGGGACACACUCGUCCGAGCGUUCUCGUGAGUCGCGUGGUCGCGUCAGAGUUGCCAUUGCGUUUACAUAAUAUAGGUACGCUGGAUUUGCGUGCGGAAUGGCCCCGGGUCUCAGCAAGCUCGUCGGCAGGAAAAGCGUCGCCUCGGCCGCAGCCCUUGCCACCCUUAUCUGGCUGCUCAGUCGCAAGCGCGGCAAGAGGCGAUUCACCAAACCCAAAAACCAGUGGCCUACCAAUAAUGACGUACAGUAUCUCAUCAAAGAGGAAAAACCAAAGCGGCCCAAGGCUCACGUGGACGGCGAGUUCUUUAAGCAGUUGCGACAGCUCCUGGCCAUUGGCAUACCCGGACUCGUUUCGGCCGAGUCCGGCUUUAUUUUCUUGGUUGCGGCCUCCCUUGUUGCGAGAUCCUUCUGCGAUCUCUGGCUCAUUAACAAUGGCACACUUAUUGAGACCUCCAUAGUCAAUAUGGAUUCGGCAUUGUUUAAGAAACGAUUGGUCAGAUUUAUGGCUACAUUGCCUGUGUUAUCUGUUGUGAAUAAUAUUUUAAAGUACAGUAUUGGAGAAAUGAAACUUAGGCUAAGAACCAACAUAAGUCGUCAUCUGCUGGACCAAUAUUUGAAAGGAUUCACCUAUUAUAAAAUGAGUAACUUGGAUACCCGAGUCGCCAAUCCGGAUCAAUUACUUACCACAGAUGUGGAUAAAUUUUGUGAAAGCUGUACAGACCUAUACAGUAAUAUUGCAAAACCAGUUUUGGAUAUUUUUAUUUACGUUUAUAGACUCACUUCUACUGUUGGUAGCCAAACUCCACUUAUCAUGUUAUCGUAUCUUGUUAUUGCUGGCAGUGUUCUAACUCAUUUGAGGAAACCUAUUGGUACAUUUACGGUGAAAGAACAAAAACUUGAAGGAGAAUACAGACACAUACAUUCCCGUAUGAUAACUAAUUCUGAAGAAAUUGCCUUUUAUCAAGGAAACACCCGAGAAAAGUUAACACUCUUUGCAAGUUUUCAUAAAUUGAUUACACAUCUUAGAAAAUUCCUAGAGUUUAAGGUGUUGAUAGGUGUUGUAGAUAAUUUCGUAGGAAAAUAUAUUGCAACCGUCGUUGGAUUUUAUGCUGUAAGCAUUCCGUUUUUCCAAAAAAACCAUCCCAUUUUAUCCGGAUCGGCGGAUCACAGGUUUAAAUCAUAUUAUACAUAUGGACGCAUGUUAGUUAAGUUAGCUGAAGCAAUUGGAAGAUUAGUUCUGGCAGGAAGAGAAAUGACGAGAUUGGCAGGGUUUACAGCGCGUGUUACGGAAAUACGAAAAGUUUUGAGCGAUUUGAACGACAACAAAUACGAGAGAACAAUGAUAACUGAUUCAAAGAAUGGUCCUGUUGGUUUUCCUGGAGCAGGAAAAAUACUUGCCAAGGAUAACAUCAUUAGGUUCGACCGCGUUCCAUUGGUGACUCCAAAUGGCGAUGUUUUAAUUAAAGAACUAACUUUUGAAGUGAAAUCAGGUAUGAACGUACUUGUUUGUGGGCCAAAUGGAUGUGGAAAAAGUUCUCUCUUUAGAAUUUUGGGUGAACUGUGGCCUUUGUGGGGUGGAAUAAUGACGAAACCACCUCGGGGUAAAUUGUUCUAUAUUCCUCAAAGACCAUACAUGACUUUGGGAACACUGAGAGAUCAAGUAAUUUAUCCACACACUCGAGCUGAGAUGUUGAGGCGAGGCAACGCAAACGACGAAGUCUUACAAAAGUACCUGGAUCUAGUGCAAUUGGGACAUUUACUAGAAAGAGAAACUCAGUCUGUAAGCGAGGGACAGGGUUGGGAUACCGUUGCUGAUUGGAUGGAUGUUCUUUCUGGUGGAGAAAAACAAAGGAUUGCAAUGGCAAGAUUAUUUUAUCACAAGCCACAAUUUGCCAUACUUGAUGAGUGCACAAGUGCUGUUAGCGUUGAUGUAGAAGAUUCAAUGUAUUCUUACUGCAAAGAAGCUAACAUUACUUUAUUCACUGUGUCUCAUCGAAGAUCGCUAUGGAAACAUCAUGAGUACUACCUUCAAAUGGACGGUAGAGGAUCUUAUGAGUUUAAGCCAAUACAGCCAGAUACUGAAGAAUUUGGCUCAUAAAUACGUGUCCAAGCAUACUAACUGAUGUACUAUAUACAUCGUGAUUUAUAAGAAAAUGCCAAUUUAGGAUCAAUUUACGUAAUAAUCACUUUUUUACAUAACAGGUUACGGAAUUAUAUAUAUUAUCAUCUUGUACAAAGAACGAAAAUUAUUUUUUGUUCAAGAACAAACAAGCGUUGAAUUUAGAUUUACCGAAUACGUGAAUGGGUGAUAAGCCUCGUAUUUUUGUAUCAAUGUUUUUUAUAUCUCACUUUAUUUUAAAUAUUUUAAA